GGCAUACGAAAGGUACCCAGGUGCUAGGUAGUAAAUGCUGGUCAAGCAAUAUGUACUGUCAGGCAGAUAUCGUUUAGCAAUAUAUAUUGUCUAAGCAUUAUGUACCGGUUAUGCAAUGCACAGCUUAUCCUGUACCUUCUUCCUUCUAGCUCAUCCCGAAUAUUGGGAAAAAAAGAAAGCAUUCCAUCAUAUGGUUAGCCAUGGCCAAACAAGACAACGAGACAAAAGCAAGAAAAUCGAGGAAAAGAAAAUAACUGCGAGAGACGGGGGGAAGGCCAAGAUCAUUCAAAAGAAAGAACGAAAGAACGAAGGAAAGAAAAGAAAGUUGGCGAUCAAUUGAUCUACUAUAAGUCAGCCCCAGUAUGGUCAAUGCUAACCAUAGCACUCAGAUUGAUCGGUAGAUCUCCCCACAGCUCCAUUUUUGAUAGUAACCUAAUCUCGCUACAAUGAGUCUAAUGCGGGUUUUCAAUCUACUUCAGGUCACAAAUUUCUUGAUUGGACUCAAUGGAAUCAAUGAAACUCGACUAGACAAAUCAAAUCCAUCAGAAGCUUCAGACAGAUCUGACAGACACGGCAAGCAAAUGAACUCCCAUUAUUUUGGGCCGAGUUCCAAGCUUUUUUUCUCCGAUUCACCGAGUAUCGUCUCUCGAACAGAUUUAUUCAUUUCCCCUCCAUAAAAUUUGGAUGUGGCUUUGACGUUAAGAAGAACGAAAAAAAAGAGUUUGGUAUACAUGCUUUCGUGGCACUGCGUCGCAUUGUUUGUAAUCCCUACACUCCCAAUUAUUUACUUUCAUGCAUCAUAUUUUUCGUAUUGCAGACGCCUUCCUGUAAGUGCAGGAUGUUAACUUCCAAGGCGGGGAUUAUGUCAAGCUGCAGGACAAAUGUAUCCGUCAAUGGGUCUGCUUUAAACCAACACCCAAGAAAUGUCUACCUUGCAGUAGAUCACCGCGGUCCGCGGUCCGUUGAGAAUUCCAUGUCGAAUCGUUCAUCGCAUGCACACUGAGUUCUAAAUACACAUUAGAACCAACCAUGCACAAACCCACCCACUUUGUACCAGUCCAUUCAUCAUCGGAUAGCGUAAUCUCUCAUAAACGCCUUCGCGCCUACACUUAGUAUCUUCGUCAGUGUUAAGUACCUUUACCUUCCACAUUUUCAUCGGGUCUUAAUAUGACUUCAUAUAAUAUACCUACUCAUAUUUUAUCUGUAUUCAGAUGAACUAUCCAGGCUAUUGGUACACUACCUCACGCCUCGCUCUAAACAUUCGUUACACCCCCCUUUCCUUGUUCUAUAAUCAUUGUUUUUCUUCGAUUCUCAAUACUCGUGUUUCAUUUCCAUACUACCCAUGUAAUUUUCGAAGCCAUACACUACACGUCUAUACAUUGAAGGGAGCUUUGGCAAUAGUCUCCUGUCCCGCCAGGACUACUUUUCUUUAUCUUAUGAUCCAGUGCUAGAUACCGGGACUAGUUCUAAGAGUUUACACAAUGCAGAUCAAGGGGUCCGUGUUGCUGGUAUUGGGAGCUUCGAUUCAAUGGGCUUUCGCUGCACCAUGGGAUGUUCGGGUCCAGGAACGCGACAGCUCAGUAGCUCUAUCUUCGACGAUCACUUCUACCUCAUCGUCGAUCUCGAGUAGUGCGAAAGAGUCGCAAGAAAGCAAUGAUAGCUUCACGUCCGCUUCAACCAUUACACACUCGCAAAGUACUUCUUUGGCAAUGACUACAUCAACUUCGAAUACAGCAAUGUUGACUUCGACCGCCUCGGCAUCCUCAAUUAGCGCAACAGCUACAAGUAUAUCCGCUACAGAUUCGGCCUUCAACUCUACAGUAUUGCCCGGCGAGUUACCUCUCCAACCCGAGAUUACACCAGCCUUUGCUGUUGCAGGCAUUAUCCUCAUCGCAACCGGCAUAUUAUAUACUUUCAUUGGGUUUAAGAACAGAUGGCUACACAUUUCCCUUUCAGCAGGAUAUCUUGUCAGCAUUGCAAUCACGGUACUGAUUCUUUUUGUAAUGAAUCUUCCUGUUAGCAAUGCCGUUGAGGGAGCAUAUCUCGUUGCAAUCGUGCUACCUGGGCUCAUCAUUGGCGGGUGCUCUUUGGUAUUUACAGAGGUUACCGAGGGCCUUGGAUGUCUUCUGGGAGGUUUUUGCUUCAGCAUGUGGCUGCUUGUGAUGAAAGCUGGUGGACUGAUCACGUCAACAGCCGGGAAAUCGAUUCUAAUUGCGGCAAUCAGUGUUGCUACAUUCUCGCUGUCCUUCAGUCACCAUACUAGGACUUAUGGAUUGGUUGCGUGUAUAUCAUUCGCGGGUUCCACUGCGAUCGUUCUCGGGAUUGAUUGUUUCAGUAGAGCAGGCCUAAAAGAAUUUUGGGCUUACAUUUGGAACUUGAAUCAAAACCUUUUUCCUCUGGGCGCGACGACAUACCCCGUGACCAAAGGAAUUCGUGUCGAGAUCGCCGCAAUUUUCGUCAUCUUCUUAGCUGGUCUAGUGUCACAAUCAAAGGUCCACAAGAUGAUCCAAGAUCACCGUGCGCAGAGAUUGGAAGAGCGCCAAGCAAUCGAAAGGGCUAUAGAAGAGGAGGAAAUGAAUGUAGGAAGAAGAAUUGAGGAUCAAAAUACUGAAGAAAAAGAAAGAUGGGAAAAAAUAUAUGGCGAGAAGCUCAAAUCGGGAGAUGAAUCAACACACGAUUCUGUAGUGGGUGAUUUGGAGGAUUCAAAAAGAGGGCAUUCCAACACGAUUACUUCUAUUAUGGAACUUGAUGGAACAGAGAUUGAAAUCUCUGGCAAGUCUUUACCUACUCGACCCAGUGCUACUGGUCUUGUUAUGUCCAGUGGAAAAGGGCACGAUGGAGCGGUUACAGUACGCGUUGCUCGAGAUGCGGCACCCGAAGUUGAGCGGAUUGAAGAUAAAACCACUACUCCAUCGCGUCAGUCUAGUCAAAAAUCUUCCAGAUCUCAACCAUCAGCAAAUCCAACAGGGGACAAAGCCGUGGUUAUUAAUAAUGAGAGCACUCACCUAGCAAGCCUACCUUCACUACGUCCUACAAGUAAAGCUCCUCCUCCACGAAUGACAGUCGCACCAGAGGUAGUGCCUCUUCCUUUCAAGAUUCCCGAAGGUGAGAUGGAGGAUGAUCGAUCUUCGAUUGCUACUUCUCCCGACGAAGAGCUAGCGGCCAACGGCGAAACAUUGAAACGUACACCCAGUGGCGGCUCAGCAUUGUCGAAUAAAAUCUCUACUCGAUCGAAAAGAGAAUCACAAAGGUAUUCAGAAGAGCAAGGUAUCAGAACAGAAGAUUUAGUGACUCCUUAUGCUGAUGAGGCGGAUCGCGCAAGUUCUAUCGCGGCAACUGUGGAUGAUCUCAGCGAUGAUGAAGACAGGGAGGUAGGAAGUAUACGAUCGUCAGUUAUUAGCCAAGACACUCCUAUACCAGAUGUGGAAUUCCCAGCACAGGAUGAUCAAAAUAACGAGCAAAGUCCAGAGCUGGUGACGGUGAAGGCGACGACUGAACCACAAGAAACCGCACCCGAACAACUUCCUUCGUCUCCAAUGGAUUCCACGACUGAAGAUACAGAUCAUAAGGUGUCUAGUGGAACAUCUGAUGUGCGGAAGAGUUUGGAGCUCCGGCCAGAGUCGGGAAUUACUGUUGCCACUGAUAUUCUCAAUACUCCCCGAAAUGAAUUGUCCUCGAAUGAGACAAUGCAACAACAGGACUCUCUAACAACAUGUGGGGAUCCAGUACCGAACACGUCAAAUUCCACUGUUGGAGAAAGUCUUGAAGACGCUGACAAUGGAACUGAAUCAAAACUAAAGACAGAGUCAUCCAUUGCAUCUGCGCCUGACACAAAGGCCACGAAAAUCACGAAGGAGCAAUUACCUGCUCAAUUUUCAAAAGUUGUUAUGUCAUAUCGUACCAAUGAGUGGGCAAAGCAUUUAAGUCAUGCAGACUCACCAGAAUUGGAAGAGUUAGAAAUUUCCGAAAGUAUUUCCGAGGAUCCCAAAUCCGAAUCGGCUGUUCCCGUGGAUGUUGAAGCACUUCAGCAAACAGCUCACAAUGCUCUUCCACCACCGGCAGUACGAUCAUCUUCCCAGCAAUCUAUUUCUCCAGGUCUUGUCCGGUCAAGCUCAACCCAAUCAAACAUCACGCCUUUUGCGACAAUACCCGAGGAUUCUCACAUUCAUGGACAUGAUACACCGACACGAAACUCCUCGCAACAACAAAUAGGAGGAUCUGAAGUGCACCGAACAUUGCGUAAUGCUUCAAAUCCAAACUUUCCAGAGCCAAUAGUUGAAUCACCUGGAGAAGAAAUUCCAUCUUUUCAACAACACUUUUCGCAAUCGAUUUCCCCUGCGUUCGGAAAUUCUAAUACACUAAUGGAAAAACGAGACACAAUGAUUCGCAAUAGAUCGUCUUACUUCCCUAAGAGGAACGUUUCCACACAUUCCAUGCCGAUACUUGAACCAAACCCACAUUCUCCCUCACGAUUUCCAUCUGGGUCACAUUCACAAAUGGGUAACGAAGUCGGUCCAAUUCAAAGCCCUCUACGGUCUUAUCACGUCAACAAAUCAGCUCCAAUCCUUGCUGAAUACGAUGACAUACCACUUUCCAAGCGUCGCGAACUCAUUCGUCAAUCUACGUCUCAACCUCUAGCCGCCCUUAAUACAAACUUUAAUUCUCAUCAACCGAAGCGCUCAUCAGAGAUCCAAACCCCACUGGUUAGAGAGCAGCAAUUGGCGAUGUGGAGAAAUAGUAUCGCAAAUGAUUUGCAAGUGCAGAAAAAGAGGGUAAUGGAUACAGUGGAGAAUAGAAGGAGUGUACUUUGGCAGGAGAGAAAAUCGGAGGAAAUGAGAAAAGAUGGGGAGAGGAGGGCAAAAGAAUUGAGGGAAGAGAGAUGGGAAGGAAGAAUUAGGACAGGUGGUGGAGAGAUGGAAGAGUUGCAUAGAAAAAUGAUGAGUCGGAUGCAAGAUGAGGCGAGGAAGGUGCUUUGAUUUGGGAAUCAAGGUCGCGAGGGACGAAAUAUAGGACUGAAAGUGAAGGGUAAUUCUUAAUGGUUUAACUUUUGGAUGGAUGAGAUAAAACUAGACGUCUAGAAUUUGCUGGACAACAUGGCUGAGAUAAAGUUCUUGUAUAUAUGUAUAUCUACGGCUUGGGGAGAUAAUCUGAUGACCAGAUUGGGAAUGGUGUUGGAUGAAUACACGAUACAUGAGUUGGAAAGCAGGACAACAUGUAUUAUCGAAUACAACGCGAUCAACGAUACUGGAUACGGAUUUUACUCAUGUACUGCUUUGGCAGAGCCCCUUAUGGAUGGAAAUGGCACUGGCGGGAAUAGGAGAAGAUCCAUCAUGUAUAGCAUUUGCCACAGAGCUGGAUAUACUAUUCUGGUGAUCAGUCUUGAGAAAGAGAGAUAUCUAGGAGCCGGCAGGCGUAGAUAGACUCAUUAAUAAUGAAAGAUUUAAUCA